AUGGUCUCUGAGAGCAACGCCCCUCCGGAGUUCGUGACUCGCAUGGAAAAGGUCCCCCCAACCUACCAGAGUGAAUCAUACGCCUAUAGCAAAGACGGGUUGUCCUGCGCAAUGAUUUCUUGGAUGCUGGACUUGAACGUUCGAGCAGCAAUCAAGAAGCGUGAGUUCCAGCGCACGUAUCAGAGAAUCUGUCUUUAUAUCAAGCAUAUGGAGCGCCUCAUGGACCAGGCCAAGAUCCCAUAUAGCCCCUAUACCGGAGCGGAAGACAGUCGAAAAGUGCAACUCGCCAGAGAGAGUCUCAAGCCUCACAUGCAGGCCAGAUUCAUGUCCAAGGGACCCUAUCCAAUCACAGCUCCUAUUAGCACCGAUGGGGAGCUCUGCCGAACCGUGUCAGACGCGCAGACAUUCGAGUAUCGUCUUCAUCAGUUGGAGAUCAUUCGGUUUAUGGAGAGGGUUGAUCCGUUGGCAUUGACGGAGUUUGAGAGAAGUAAGAGGCAGCACAGACCGCAGACAGGCUAG